GCCAGGCCUCGUUGCUCCAGGUAGUCCUCCAGUCAGCUGAAGACCAGGCCUGAAUCCAAAGCCUGGUCUGUUGCAGAAAGCCAACAGUGCAGCUGCUGUUUUCAAGACCAUAAAUCUCCCUGAAUACUGCCAGUCUGCCGCUACAUGGUCUGAGGCUGUAACAUAGGAGGUACCUGUAAUAUUUAGCCAAGCACAGUGAAUACAUUGUUCAGCAAAGUCAGAAAGAGAAACAGAGGUGAUUGAGUGCUGCUGUUUUACUGAGGCAAAAAGUGUCGGGAGACUUAUUGGUUUCCCUUCAGCGGCGUGUUGGAGCAGGAGGGGAAGAAACCGGCUGAGUUCAUGUUGCAGAGGCUGCAGAAGGAGAGCCGGCAACAGGACGAGUCAAGAGGGGAGAGUGGAGGGAAAAAAAACAGAACAGACAACAAAAAGCAGGAGUCCACAGCUUAAGAGGAGAAGAGGAGAAAGGUGAGUUUUGUUGUGAGUUUAUAAAGAUAGAAAAGGGGAAGGAAAAGAAACAGAAAAUUGAGUUUGAAAGUAAAGUGUGGCGUGCAAAAACUUAGCAAUGAGAGUUCAAAGUGAAAAAAAAGUGAAGCUGAUGUUUUCUGAGCAGGAACGAGAUGAAAGUCUAGACAGUUAAAUUGCAGUGGGCUGUGGAGAGCCGGCGGAGCAGAGCGGCAGCAGGAGCGUCUGUGGGCGGGGAGAGAGGAAGUGUGGUCGACAGGAGGAGGAAUUUAAGCCCCCAUUGUUCUGAAAGAGCAGAGGCAGAGAGAGAGCCGAAGAGUCAAACAGCCGACAGACGCUGGACAACAUGGACGCGAGCUCAGCCAUGGAGAAGAUGGCUGUAAAGCAGAGUGCAGGAGGUGCAGCGGUGUGUCACGCAUGUGAGGAGAGCUGCUCUGGAUUCCAGCCACAUUCUUGGAGGAAAGCAUGUAUCGCCUGCGGCUGCAGCGCGGUCGACCACGCUCCUGGAAGUGACGUGGAAGAUGACCAGAGAAUGGGACGCCUGCUCGCAGACUCACCCUGCUCCCAUUUGACAGCGAAGGUUAAAGGAGGUGGCGGCCUUCGCAUCUACAAGAGGAAUCGUAUGAUUGUGACCAAUCCUGUGGUGUCACGCAAAGACCCCACCUUCAACACCACGACGUACGUCUGGGCGCCGGCCGGCCUCAACCAGACACUGGCCAUGCAGUACAUGGAGCUCAUCCCAGACAGUCUACGCCCCAUCUCGGGGACAGAUGGAGCGUUGGAGCGACGCAGGCAGCUCUUCAGUCAGCUCCCUGCCUACGAUCAGGACCCCAUGAAGUGUCAGAGCAUUGCCAGUGAGGAGGAGAUGUGUUCCAUGCUGCUGUUUGUGAAGAGCUACAAACAGGAGGUGCUGGGAGUUGGGGAGGUGGCCUUACCUGGUGAGUGCGGAGCUCUGAGGGAAGCAGCCACUCAGAGGACAGCAAAGGAAGCCAAGGAACGCAGCAACAUUGACAAAAAGGAUGCUCUGCAGCACCAGGACCACGGCUCGACCAGCAGCAGCACUGCCUCUGCUACUGGCUCCACUAACGGAACAGAUGACAGCACUAAGACUGGAUAUCGGUGCACUGGUUGCCAAGGUGAUGUUGCCAAAGAGAGUCCAGCUGUUUAUGCUGAGCGUGCAGGUUACCAUAGUGCCCUGUGGCACCCAACCUGCUUCGUAUGUUCAGAGUGUGGCCAGGGAUUGGUGGACCUGGUCUACUUCUGGUCCAAUCAGAAGCUGUUCUGCGGACGACACUACUGUCAGACGGUGUGGCCGCGGUGCUCAGGCUGCGAUGAGUUGAUCUUCUGUCAGUCUUUUCACACGGCAAAAGAUGGACGCACGUGGCAUCAUCAUCAUUACUGAGGCUGGAACAAGACCUCCAUGCACCUUGUCAGCACUAAGACACUCACACUAUAUAGUGUUCAACACAAUAUGGUGUUCAGUUUUAAGACGUUUAGCUCUAAAACAGAAUUACAAGGAUGGGACAAGACAAAAUAAAAACAGUAAAUCUAAUAUGGGACAGUCUCCAGCUCACCCAGUAAGAGCGUGCGCCCCAUGUAGGCUGAGUCCUUUGCAGCGGCUUGGGUUCGAGUCCGACCUGCGGCCCUUUGCUAUGUGUCAUCCCCCAUCCCCCAAUCUCUCUCCCACCUUUCCUGUCACUAUCAGAUACAUGGAAAAGACCUAAAAAAAAUCUUUAAAUCUAAUAUUAAUCGUGGUUGGUCAGCAUUUUUUAUAUGAAUAAAAGAAAGACAUAAGGCAGUGAACGUCAACUGGCCACAUCCGGCCCGCCAAAGCUUUUAGUCUGGCCCGCAGAAUAAUCAUGAAUUCACAAAAUGUAAAGAGAAAAAAAUGCGUUCUGUUAUUUAUCAUUUCAAGCAUUUAGAGCAAAAACCCAGCCCCCUGUAUUCACAUCUCUAAUCACAUGCCGGGAUACUGUACAGCGAUGCCCGAGCUCCGAGCUCCACACACACGGCUGAGCCGAGAUGUGUGUGCGUUAAAACACACACACAGCUGAGCCGGGAUGUGUGCGCGUUAAAACACACACACAGC